GGAUAAAGAGGAAAAUAAAAAUAAAGAAAAAACUCGUAGCAAAUAAUAUUAUGUUAGUUGAGAGAAAAAAACAAGAAAAUAAAUAAUUUUUUACAGUGUAGCAUAUACCGAUACUGGUAGUCAAGAUUCAAACCUAAACAAGCCCCACCCCUCUCAUCGUUGAACUUCCCCGGCAUCCACCCAAAAACCAAUGUCCGACUCCAAGACAAGGCUGGAAGGCAAGGUGACCAUCGUCACCGGCGGCGCGAGCGGCAUCGGCGAGGCCACCGCCCGCCUCUUCGCCGCCCACGGCGCGCGCGCGGUCGUCAUCGCCGACGUCCAGGACGCCCUGGGCGAACAGGUCGCCGCCUCGAUCGGGGCCGACAUUUGCACCUUCGCUCGCUGCGACGUCACCGACGAAGACCAAGUCGAGGCCCUCGUCCGGUCGACGGUCCAGGCCCACGGACGCGUCGACGUCAUGUUCUGCAACGCCGGGAUGGUGAGCCCCUCCGACCAGAAGAUCCUCGACCUCAAACUCUCCCAGUUCGAUCGGCUGAUGGCACUCAACGUGCGGGGCGUGGCGGCGUGCGUGAAGCACGCGGCGCGGGCGAUGGUCGAGGGGCGCGUGAGGGGCAGCAUCUUGUGCACGGGCAGUGUCGCGGGGAGCUGCGGCGGGGUACGGCGGACGGACUACCACGCGUCGAAGCACGCGGUGGUGGGGCUGGUGAGGUCGGCAAGCCUCCAGCUCGGGGCGCACGGGAUCAGGGUGAACUGCGUCUCGCCGUACGCGGUGGCGACGCGGCUCCUGAGCGGCGCACUCGGUGGGGCGAGCGCGGAGGAGGUGGAGAGGUUCUACGAGCCGUCCAUGGUGUUGAAAGGCGGAGGUAUGCUGAAGGCCGGAGACGUGGCGGAGGCCGUGCUGUUUCUGGCGUCGGAUGAGUCGAAGUUCAUCACCGGGCAUGAUUUGGUCGUGGACGGCGGAUACCUUCUCCGGCGUUAAGUUUUCUUUAAUUAUUUUUAGUUUCCCUCGAUGGUUAUGUUCUCGAUCGAUCAAGUUUAUGGAAGCAUGAGUACUUGAAUUCCUUAGCUAUUGGACAUGAUAUUAUUAUAUGGAUACGAUUGUCCAUUAACUCUUAAUCAUUUCGAAACAUUAAUUAUCUCGAAUUGACCUUAUCUUGUGAUAUAAAAUUUGGAUGCAUUAUCA